GCCGCCUCCGCGCCUGGUGGCGGAGGCUGCGCCCCUGCGAGCCGCGGGGCACCCUGCCCGGCGACACCCUUCUCCCUUCCCUCCCUUUCUCCCUCUCCGCCGCCGCCCUGCCCUGGCUGGAGAGGGACGCCCCUGGCUCUUCGCGGUACCGGGAGGCGGUGGCUCCGUUUUCCGUCCGCAGAAACUUUGGCUGGCGUUUAAGGGGGAGGAUGGAGCCGGGGGAGCCAGCGGCUGCGCCGCUCAACCGGUCCCGACCAGGGGCAGAGCCUCCACGCGGGGAGUUCAACAUCUCUGGGCUACCAGAGACAGAGGGGAAGCCCCUCUUUGGCAUCGGCAUCGAGAACUUCAUCACCUUGAUCGUUUUUGGCUUGAUCUUCACCCUGGGAGUGGUGGGCAACUCGCUGGUGAUCACGGUGUUGGCGAGGAGCACGCCAGGCAAGAGCCGCAGCACCACCAACAUCUUCAUCCUCAACCUGAGCAUCGCUGACCUGGCCUACCUGCUUUUCUGCAUCCCCUUCCAGUCCACGGUCUAUGCGCUCCCCACCUGGGUGCUGGGUGCCUUCAUUUGCAAGUUCAUCCACUACUUUUUCACUGUCUCCAUGCUGGUGAGCAUCUUCACACUCUCGGCCAUGUCUGUGGACCGCUAUGUGGCCAUUGUGCACUCUCGACGCUCCUCAGCCUUGCGCAUCUCCCGGAAUGCACUGCUGGGUGUGGGGCUCAUCUGGGCACUGUCCUUUGCUAUGGCCUCACCCGUGGCUCACCACCAGCGCCUCUUUCACCGCGAGGCCAGCAACCAGACCUUUUGCUGGGAGCACUGGCCCAACCCACGUCACAAGAAGGCCUACGUGGUUUGCACAUUUGUCUUUGGAUAUCUGCUCCCGCUGCUGCUCAUCUCCUUCUGUUAUGCCAAGGUUCUUAAUCAUCUGCAUAAAAAGUUGAGAAUCAUGUCAAAGAAGUCAGAAGCAUCCAAGAAAAAGACAGCACAGACUGUGUUGGUGGUGGUGGUGGUUUUUGGCAUCUCUUGGCUGCCGCAUCAUGUGAUUCAUCUAUGGGCUGAAUUUGGAGUUUUCCCACUGACUCAAGCCUCCUUUCUCUUCAGAGUAACUGCACACUGCCUGGCUUACAGCAAUUCUUCUGUGAACCCCAUUAUAUACGCAUUUCUCUCCGAAAAUUUUAGGAAGGCCUACAAACAAGUCUUCAAAUGCCAGGUGGAUAAGGAGUCAUCUCUGAAUGAUGCUAAGGAAAAUAGAAGUCGGAUAGAUACGCCAUCAUCUACCAACUGUACACAUGUGUGAACUUUGAAAAGUCCUGUGUGCUGGCUCUUCAUUUGUGUGAAAUAAACACCUAGAAAACAAAGCACAAUGAGCUUUAUCCUGGGUUAAUCUUGAUGAAGCUAAUCAGUAUUCAUAUACUGAAGUUGGGUUUGUAGCAAAAGUUUGUGAAACUGGUAUGAAACACAACUGGCUUACUCCUCUGCAUCUUAGAUAGAUUUGUCAAAUGAAGCUCUUGGACAUUUAAAAGAUACUUGAGGAAAAAAAUGUUGGAGAUGAUACGUCUGUAUUCUUACUCACUAAGCAUACGGUGUGUGAACAUUCAAAUAUACAAGAAGGAGAAGGUGAUAUUGGACAGGUAACUUUCUGACUUGUUACUCCAUCAAAGUGAAGAGAUGGCUAAAUUUUCUGUCUUACAGAUAAUAAAUAUUAUAGUACUAUAAUUUCAAAGAGGAAAACUUUUGUUCUCCUCAAAUUGUUUUGACAAUGCCUUUUUUGUUUUUAAAGCAAAGAUGAGCUCUGAUUCAAAAUUGAAAUAGCUUAUGUAUAACUUGAGGCAAUUGCUUUAGAGAGGAAAUGCUAAUUUUAUCUGGUUAGCGGUCUUUCUAAUGUAACAUACUGAGUAAUGAUGGACUUUUUUCACUUCAUACGCCCGCCUUACUGUAUACACAGAAGUUUGUGUAUGCUAUGUAAGGUUUUGUUUGUGGCCUGCAUGUAGUUGUACCAAAAGGAGGAUUUGUGUCUGUCUGUGAUAAGCUUGUCUUCAUGUGUUGCAUGUGGUGUGUGUAUGUCUUGUUAACUUUAUAGACUCUGAAAUGGAGAGAGAGUUUUAAAUGUGCAAUGUACACAUAUGUUUUAAAAUGUCUCUCUAAACCGGAAAAAUUCAGAAGGAUGCACUUAUAAAGUAUAUAAGGUAAAUGGUCCAAUUCUUAAAAUUCCUAAAUAAAAUGAGUAAUUUCAGCCAUUUUAUAAAAAAUACUUCAUAUGUCUUUAAGUGGUAAACCACUUAAAAGUAGUGGUUUGAGAACAUUGUUGUUAGCUGGCGUAAGACAUGCUUUUCCCUUAUUUAUUAAUAACCUGUAGAUUCAUGGAGUAAAUUAAGUUGAAGGAGCCUCUGGACAUCCUCUGACAGCAGGGCUACCCUCAGAGUUGGAAUGCUGCCUUGUCUAGGCAAAUUUUGAAAAAUUCCAUGGAUGGCAAUUCAGCAAUUUUUUGGGGCAACCUUUCCCAGUACCUAAUCACCCUCACUCAUGGCUCAUCACUGUGCACUUGAGUAUUCUCCCUAAUGAACUAAUGCAUAAUUUAAGGUGGCAAUUAAAUUUACCCCCAGCUUUCUCUUCUGAAGCAAUGUGUGGUGCGCAGUCUCUCCUCAUCUGUUGUGCUCCAGCUCCCUGGCCGGACUAGUGAUGUUCCACUGGCCUUCCUCCAGCUUACCCAUCCCCCUCAUGUACUGGGGUGUUCAAAACCAAACAGUGUGUUCCAGAUGUAGCCUCAUGAGCACUGAGCAGACUCAUUGCUUCCCGUGACCCAUUGGCUGGUUCUUGCUAAUACAGCCCAGUAUUGCAGUAAUUUGUUGCUGCAAGGGUACACUACUGAGUCAUAUUUAAUUUCUGCUUUACAAGCACUCUCAAGUCCUUUUCUGCAGAAUUGUGCUUAGUCCAAGUCCAAGUUUCUGGACUUUGCUUUUGGGUUUGUUGAACUUCAUUCACUUGAUAGCCGUUACUUCCAUUCUUGUGCCUUAUAAGGGCUCUCUGAAACGCAUCCCUGCUCUCCAGCAUAUCCACCCCUCCCCUGGGUUUGGUGUCGUGUGCAUGCUUGCUGAGAGUCCUGCACCCUUGUCUGAAUCUUUGAAGAUGCGAAAUAGUGUUGGCCAUAUGCUCUGUCAGAUUCCCUUUUCUCCAAAAACUUGUUUUAAAGAAAAGGUUCAGAGUGGUGGGACACAUCAGCUAUGGAGUGUUAGUUCACAUGAAAAUAUCUAUGUUUUUGUGUCAGUAUUGUCUGCUUGGAAUAAGUAAAAUAAUGUUCAAGACAUGCUAUUGCA